ACGUAAAACUACGGCGACAGGUUUUGCUCUAGUCGUAGGUACUCUUUACUGAUGCGCCUUUUAUUUUCUUUUGCCGUGUGAAUUUGUAGUAUCUUACACUGACCAUUAAUUGGUUGUAGAAAUAUGCUUUCUAUUCCUGGUUUGGGUCGGUAUUCUGGCAGUGUAAUCCUGCCACCCCCAGACUCCGGCAGCGAAAGAGCCUUGCCACAGCCAGUGGAUAUUAACCUCACUCUGCAGAAGUGGCGAGAUGCUUCGGAACUUGGCUCAAGUUGGGGAGCUGGUUCAGCAACAGGAUCUUAUCAAAAGGGGCCAGAAGAAUCAUCUGCAGGAAGAUCAGUCAUCCCUGGAAAUCCUUCUGUCAUCCCUGGAAAUCCUUCUGACAUUUACCGGUUUGAAAGCAGAAGUCGAGAGUUAAGACUCUCUGAGUGGCCUCCUUUGGAUAAGAAAUUGUCUCUUUGGGAGCGUGAAGUACCAUCUUUGGAAAGAGCCAUUGUUCGAGAUUACUCAGGAGAAUAUCGUCAUGAAAAUAGAGAGACUUCUCUGCUGCACAGGGAGACAAGUCACAGAAGUGGUACAAGUGUUGGGGUUUCUCAUCUGGAGUCAGCAGAAUCUUACUUGCGUGAAGCCAGAAUGGCAGGCAUCUUGUCAAGGGAUACUGGAACAAGUCUUGGAAUUGGUACAGGUGUUGGGAUUCCUCGACUGGAGUCGGCAGAAGCUUAUUCUCGUGAAGCCAGAAUCUUAGACAUCUUGUCAAGGGAUUCUACAAGUCAUGGAAGUGUUGCACGUUCUCGCCGAAAGUCAGCAGACUCUCAUUCUCGUGAAGCCAGAAAGUCAAGAUCAAGACAUGGAAGUGGCACAACUUCUCGUCGGAAGUCAGCAGAAUCUCAUUCUCGUGAAGCCAGAAGGUCAAGGGAUUCUAGAUCAAGACGUAGAAGUGUUGCACGUUCUCGGCGGAAGUCAGCAGACUCUCGUUCUCGUGAAGCCAGAAGGUCAAGGGAUUCUAGAUCAAGACGUAGAAGUCGUUCACUUUCUCGUCGAAAGUCAGCAGAAUCUCAUUCUCGUGAACCCAGAAGGUCAAGAUCAAGACAUGGAAGUGGCACACGUUCUCGUCGGAAGUCAGCAGAAUCUCAUUCUCGUGAAGUCAGAAAGACAAGGGCUGUUGAUACAGAUUUGAGAACUGAGGAAAAAUUAAGAGUCUCUCACCAGGACCCAGUGACAACAAGAACUGCUGACAGCAAAGCAAGAAGCUUACACCAUGAAUCCAAACAGUCUACACACCUGUCCAGUGGAAGAUCAGCUAGCAAGCAUUCAUCUGGUUCAACUUCAGAGAUUCGUUAUGGAGCAGUAGGAUCAUCUGAAAGGGUAAACUCGCAACCUGAUAGUUUUGGGAUCUUGGCUGAAGGUCUCUCCACACAAUCUGCAGAUUCAAGUACAAGACUUGCACUCUUUGUUGCAUUCAAAAGGUUUGGGAAAAUCAUUGACGUACAGAUCCAUGGCAGUGGGGAAUCCCGAUAUGGCCUAGUGUUUUUUCGUCACCAGUACUCUCAAGAAACUGCUCUUGAGGUCAUGCAAGGAAAGGAUUUCUUUGGAACUUCCCUUAAACUUUUGCCGUGGACGUUGCCAGUGCCUGAGAAAGAGGAGAAUGAGCCACUGCCAAAUCAGGAUGUUACUGUAGACAAACCUGGUGCCUCGCGCUACCUCCUAGCUCACGGUAUGGAUCCAAGGACCAGGGCUGAGCACAUGCAAAAAUUGUUUCAAGAGUUUGGAGAGAUUUUGGAUAUUAAAAUAGAAGAAUCUGAAGGAAGGACUGAGUAUGUCAUUGUGGAGUAUGCCGAUAUUGCCAGCGUCUGCAAAGCCAUUAAUGAAGUAGAUUGGUACAAAGGCCUUAGGCUGUCAUUUAAACCAUCGAAGCCUACUGUUUGUAUAUGGAUGGGUGAUCUGCCCAGAAGCAUUACUGAGGAGUACCUGAUGCAGAUUUCUAAACUACAUGGCCAGGUGUCUGAGGUUAUACUAAACAAUGUAAAAGGUGAAGCUUUGGUAGAAUUUCAGUCAGCUGAAGACGCUGAGAAGGCUAUACAAGCUGUCAGGAAAGAGAACAUUUUGGAGCAGAAAGUGGUGGUCAGUAUUGCAUUUGAAUGUUUCUUGUCUCAGCCAAAUUCGGCAUUUGUCACUUGUGCAUUGAAAAACCUUUGUGCUUUUAAAAGCCGAUUGAGCAUUGACACACAACUGAUAAUUGUUUUUAUUGAAAAUUUUCUUUAUUAUACUAAAUUGCAGAAAAAAAAUGAUCCAGGGGACGCCUGUGUGAAGAGAUCAUUGUGUCAGUAG